GUGCACUCGCUAAGUGCCGUCUCUUCGGUGCCCUAGCAUGGAAAGUUCUACUUGAAUGUGGGCCAGUAGCACGAGAUCGAAAGGCAAAUAACCUUCGAAUGGUAUAAUAAUAGCUUGGUAGCUUGGAUUAAAGGCAUGUCCUGCAGCGGGCAUGGACAUGGCUGCGGCCCGCUUCUGAGGCAUAGGUUGAGUGCAAAGGAGCCUUGUAUUAUCGAUUCGGGGCUCAGAUGAGGCGGCACCCGACAUGCGGUAUAGCCACGCCCCAGGCAUACGGGGUGGCGUGGCCCCGGCUGCCGCCCGUCGCCCCGCGCCCUGCCUCGGGACAGCUGCCGCCGCGCUGCCGCCGUGCAGUGCUCUGCGCGGCGCGCCGGCCCGCGGGCGGCACUCGCGCCGCCAGCGGUGCCGAUGCAGGCGGCAGCGCUGGCGAGGGAGAGGGCGCGACGGCCGCCGCCGACUCUCACGGGACCCGGAGCCGGCCGACCGGUUUGGAGGGACGCAGUGCUUCAGGGUCAGCGGUGCCUGCAGGGAUUGGGGGCGGCGCUGGCAGCGAUAGCGAUGGUGAUGCGGAGAGUGCACAGCGCUCAGGGCCGCGGCGGCGCGGCAGACCGCCGGGCAUGAGACAGACGAUGGCUGUCGCGCCGCCAACGCCCAACGCGGGCUCAGCGCCGGCGACCGCAUUAGCGGCAUCAUCGGCAGUGCAGCAAACUGUUGGUCAAGCCGCUAACAGCCCAGGUAGUGGAAGCGACGGGGAGGGCUCCGGGCUCGCCACCAGGCGGAGGGGCCGGCCGCGACGGAGCACCGCUGAUGCCAGCGGCGGCGGAUGCAGCAUUGGCGGCAGCACGCGCGCAGUCACCUCAGCGGCCGACUAUGAAGCGGCUUCAGCAGCUGCGGCCCCCAUGCCAGGUAUGCCACUAGCGUCCGGGCGGGCAGAGCCCCAGCCCCAGCCCCAGCCACAGUCACAGCCACAGCUCCAGCAGCAAACGGAGGCGGGGGGCAGCACAGCCACUGCUCCAGGCGGGGCCGGGGCCGGCAGCAGCGGCAGUGGUAGCACGCAACGCGAUGGCAGGUCAGGUGCUGGCGGCGGGGCCGGGGGCCCGCUGUCGCGGCUGCUGCGCAGUCAGCGGUCGCGAGCCAUGGGCGGCGUCGGCGGCGCGGCGCCGAACGCUACAAUGCCCGGAGGAGCGGCGCCGCCAGGCGAUGAUUCGCUCCAGUUUGCCUCGCCCAUGUCCUCCUUUGAGCCGGCACCUGAGCGGAGCAGCGAGAGUGACACGGAGGGCGGGGCCGUGGGCAGAAGCGGCGGGGCCACAAGCAGGCGGCAAACACCGCCGCCACCCGACCCACAGCCGCCACAUCAGCAGGCACCACCGCAGCAGCAGCAACAACCGCCGGACGCCGCCGGGGCCGCGAGUGCGGGAUCCAUGGCCUCGACGGACUGGAUGCUUGGAUCCAUGUUGGAGGACGGCGAAGCGGGGUCCGGGCUGGCCUUUGGAUCGCCUGGCGGCGCCAGUUCUGGAUCCGAUCAGGAUUUCAUCAUCACAGCCGAUCUGGACGUCGUUGGAUCCACCGCGCCGCCACUGAAUCUGGACCUGUCGGAUCUUGAUUGGGGCGAUGACACCGGCGCGGGCGGCGGUUGGGGCUGGGGCGAUGCAAGUACCGGCGGCAGUGCUGGCAGCGCAAUGGGCGCUCUGGACGGCGUGGGGGUAGGACUGGGAGCGGCGACCAGCGGCAUCAUCGGCAUUUGGGGCGGCGAUGCUUCUGCGUCUGCAGCUGUGGCUGGGGAUGCUUCUGCCUUGGGACAGACCCCGGGGUCUGCUGCCGCUGCUCUGGACAGCUGGCCGGGUGUGCUCCAGGACGAUGAAGCGCCGCAGCCGCAGCAGCCGCAGCAGCCGCAGCCGCAGCAGCCGCAGCAGGCACCGCAGGCACCACAGGCACCACAGGCACUACAAACACCACAGGCACUACAGGCACCACAGGGACGGCCGCCGGUGCUCUUGAAAGGGCCGGCGGCGGAGUCCGGGCCGUCGCGCCCUGUUCCUGCGGGUGAUGGUGGUGGCGCGGAGGCCACCCAGUCUGGAUCACGAAUGGACUCACAUCCGCAUCCGGGUCUGGACUCGGAUUUUGAUUUGGUGUCCAGCUACGAUGCGGAGAUGUCGUACCCGGAUGCGGUGGACUGCCUGUUGCCUGAGGGCGUGGCGGCGGCGGCGGCGGCGGCGGGCGCUGGCGCCCCUGGCGGCGGCGGCUGGAGCGAGGGCGUGCUCGACUCCAUGGCGGAUGCGGGCCUGCCAGACCUGUCGUACAGCGGCAGCGGUGGCGGCAGCGGCAGUGGCGGUGGUGGUGGCAGCAGUGAAGGUGGCAAGGAUAGCGCCCAUGAAGCGCGGCUGCCUGUGGCCGUGGCUGGGGCCGGGCGUGCUCCAGUGGCCAGCUCCUCAACGCCCAUUGCCGCCGCACCCGCUGUCCCUGCCACGGCCCCAGCCGCCGCUGUCCCUGCACCUGCUGCCGCCAAGGCCGCCGCUGGGGCUGCCAAGGCGGCCACUGGGGCUGCCAAGGGUGGCGCGCAAGCAGCGAGUGGUAGCAGCGGUAGCAGCAGCGGCAGUAGCAUAGACGGCAGUAGCAGAACCGCGGCCGCCUUUGCGGAGCUGCUUGCAGGCGGCAGUAGCGCACAUGGAGCUGGUCGGGCAGACCCCCUCGUGCAGAGGCUGGCCCGAGUGCUGAGCUACGUGGAGUCGGAGCUGCUGGGCGCUCCCGAGGAGGCCGCGGCGGCGGCGGCGGACGCGGCGGCGGAGCUCCCCGGCGUGUCCCUGCCGCCGCUGCCUCGGCCUCUGGUGCCCGCGGCGGCGCAGCCCCUGGAGCUGUUUGCGGAGCCGCCGGCGACGGCCCGGCUUCUGGCGGCGGCGGAGGCGGCGGAGGCGGGCGGGCUGGCGGCGCCGCCACGCCAGGUUGAGGCGCCGCCGUCCGCAGACGAGUGGGCGCUGCUGGGCGGCGCCGCGCCCGCCUCAGCCGCCUCAGCCGCCUCAGCCGCCUCGGCUGCCUCAGCCGCCGGCACCAGCAGGGCCGGCCCCGGGCGUUACGGGGGCGGAGCCGGGUACGAAGACGACACAGACGGUGGAAGCAGCUGGGAGAGGGAGAGGGAGAGGGAGGGCGACGGCGAGGCGGAUUUUGAGCGGCGUCUGGAGGCUGGGCCCGCCUACGUCGCCUACCUGCGAGCAGUGGUGCUUGGAGGACUGGGUGGCGACAGCGGAGGGGGCAGCGGGGGUGGUGGCGGAGGCGGGCGCGGAGGCGGAGGGCCUGUGCAGGCGGGGGCGGUGCAGGCGGCACUGCUGGAGCAGGUGGAGGCGGCGGGCGACUGGCUGCAGCUGUGCUGGCUGCUGGAGGCGGCGGCGGCGCAGGGCGUGGCGCUGGGGCCGCGGGCGGCGGCGGCGGCGUUCAAGCAGGCGGCGGGUUUGGUCGCGCCGCAAGGAGCCCUCCCCCGCAGCCUAGCGGCCGCCACCACCACCGCCACCACAAGUGGGCUGGAGGCGGCGGCGUACCGGCAGCUGUGUGACCGGCUGGCGGCGGCGGGUGUGGCUGCACUGGGCACGUCAGUCUCCGCCGCCGCCUCCACACACACAGCUGCAAGGGCAGCGGGUGGGCGCGCGUCGACGUCGCGUCGAGGCGUGCCGCCCGGGAUCACCGCGGGAGGACGUGGCGGCGGCGGCGGCGGUGCUGGUUCACACGUGUCGGCAGCCAGCGGCUCGGAUGUGGCUCAGAUCUCGUACGGCAUGGGUGCCCUGCAGAUCACGUGUCCGCAACUGUACGGCGCCGUACUGCAUGUGUCGGCCAGCCAGCUGGCGGCGCUGACGGCGCGCCGCCGCGCUGCCGCCAGCUUGACGGCGGCGGCCGCAGCCGCACUGCGCCGCUCAGCGGCCGCGGUGCCGACGGACAGCGCUGGCAGAGGUGGCGGCGGCGGCGGUGAUGGUGUGCGGCGCGUGUCGGACCGCGAAAUCAUGAUGGCGGCAGCUGCCGCCAGCUCUGCGGUGCAGCCGAACCACGCCUCCGAGCUGCCGCCGCAACAGCUGCAGCAGCAGCAGCAGCAGCAGGCGACGUCAGGCAGGGGGCCCCUCAGCGGCUCCGCAGCGACUGCCAAGUCGGCAUUGACGGCAGCGGCAGGCGGGGUGUGGACUGCGGCAGACCUCGCCGCCCUCGCAUGGGGCGUCGCCAAUGCUUAUGCAGGAAGCGCCGCCGCUGUUGCAGCCUCAGCCGCAGCAACCGCCGACUCCUGCGCAACGGCAUCCAAGGCUCAGAGGCAGCAGCGGCAGCAGCGGCAGCCACAGCAGCCACCGCGGCCACCGAAGCACAGGCAGCUGCAAGGGACCCAGCAGCCACAGCCGCAACCGCCGCUGCCUCUGCCGGUGCCAGGUGGCGACUGGCUGCGCUCGCUCGUGGGCGCCAGCUAUGAGCUGAUGGCGACGGAGGGCGGCGGCGGCGGAGGAGGCGGAGGUGUGGGCCCACGGCAGCUGUGGGGGCUGGCUUGGUCCUUUGCCCGGCUCGGGUACGCCCCAUCACAGGAGUGGAUGCUUGCGUUGCUGUCCAGGGCGGAGGCGUGCCUGUCCCAGUUUGACACAGAGGGCCUGUGCCGGCUGCUGUGGGCCCUGGCCGCGAUGGACUAUGUGCCCGAGCGCCUGUGGCUUAGGGCGGUGGCGGGGCAGCUCCAGGCGCGCGCGCGCGACUUCACACCCGACCAGGUCGUCACACUGCACUGCGCCCUGGCACGGCUCGGGUAUGCCCCGCGGCCGGAGGUGUGUGUGGCCCUACACGCCGCCGCGGCGCGCCUCAUGCCGCUGAUGACGGGCCCACAGCUGGCAGCGCUGGCACACGCGGCAGCAUCCUUCGCACGGUGGCGGCCGGGGCCCGGCUUCCUGGUCGCGCUGGCGGCGGCGGUGAGCCCGCACGCCCACAGGCUGGCGGCGCGGGACGCGGCGCGACUGCUGUGGGCUUGGGCCAGGUCGGCGGGCGCAGGCGGCCGCUGGGCACCCGCACCCUUUGCGGCUGCCACCACCGUCGCCGCCGCUUCCGCAACCGGCGGCGCCGCUGCGCCCGUGCCGUCUGCUUCCUCACCGGCCGCGGCCGUGCAGAUGCCGGCGGGCCUGCUCAUGGCGCUCGCAACGAGGGUGCUGGUCGGCAUGCGGCAGGCAACGACGGAGGCGGCGGCUGUCGCCUCAUCGCCAGCAGGAGGCGAGGCCGGCGCGUGGGCACAGCCGCAGCCGCAGCCCACGGCACUGGCAGCUGCAGCCGUGGAUGGCUCGGACCUCAGUAUGGCGCUGUGGGCCCUGGCGCUGCUGCGGCGCCAACAACAGCAGCAGCAGCAGCAGCCGGCGGCCGACGUGCUACAGCUCAUGCCGGAGUGGCUGGCGGCGUGGUGGGCGGCGGCGGCGGAGCCGGCAGUAGCCGCCACGUUCGACGCCACCUGCGUGUCGCAGUCGCUGUGGGCGCUGGCGGAGCUGAGGGAGACGCCUGGCCUGCCGCACAGCGGCGCGGCUGCGGCUGCGGCUGCGGCUGCGAGUGGGGGUGCUGCGAGCAGCACAUACGCGGACGCGGCACGGGAUGCGGGGCAGCAGGCGGCGGCGCAGGCGGCGGCGGGCGCAGUGGCGGCAUUGCUGGCGGCGCUGGUGCCUCAGCUGGGGCAGGCGGCGACGGCCGACCUGUCCACGACCAUCGCAGCCCUGGCAGACCUGCAGUACAGGCCGUCGGACCAGUGGAUGGCCUUGUUCACGGCGGAGGCCAGGCGGCGCCUGGGCACUGCUACUGCCACUGCCACUGCUACUGGCACUGCUACAACUGCAGCCACAGCCACUAAUGAGGACCACGGCCUGAUCGCCUACGGUCUGGCGGUGCUGGGCUGGCCGCUGAGCGAGGCGUGGGUGCAGGAGCUGGCGGCGGGCGGGUACCGAGCCAUGGCUGGUGCCAGCGGCGAGGGUCUGGCGCUGCUGCUGUGGGGCCUCAGUGCCCGCGGCUGGAGCACCGCCAGUGGUCGGUUCUGGGACACCGUGUUCAGGGAGAGCGGCUCCAAGUGGGACAGCUGCGGGCCGCGCGGCGCCGUGCUGCUGUAUUGCGCAGUAGCGGACAUGAUGCCGCCGGGGCAGGAGCCGCCCAUUCCCUGGCAGCGCCAACUGGUCAAGGCGCUGCGGCUGCGGGUGCGGCCGCGGCCGCGGACCGCCCUGUUGCUGCCCGCAGCCCUGCGGACCGCUGCCGGCGGCUGCCUUGGGCCCCUCACACGCGCGGAGCGGCAGCAGCUGUGGCAGGCAGGUGCUGCGGCGGCGGCGGCGCGGGCAGCGGGUGGCGGGGCCGGGGGCAUUGGCCUGGUGCUGGGCGCUGAGGCCUACACAGCUGUGCCUGGCAGCGGGCUGGCAGGUGCGGUGUGGUGGAGUGCACUGCCGCAGCCGCACCCGCGGCCGCCAUCGCUUCCUGGUGUGAAGGGAUGGGCAUGGCCGCAGGGCGGUCCUCAGGGCUCGGGUGCGGACGAGGUGCAGGACCCUGAGGAGGUGGGGGUACUGGCGAGCCGGGUGCUGCUGCCGUGUGAGCUGUGUGAGCCGGAGGAGCACCCGGCUCUGGCGGCGGCGGUGGCGGAGGGGCGCAGCUGGUGGGCACACGACGUGGCGGCAGAGCUGGCGAGGCGGUGGGGCCUGGUGCGCUGGAGCUGAGAACAAGGGGACGGCCAUGCCAGUUUUGGGGAUGCGAGUAUGUGAUGUGUUGGACGCUGUUGUGGACCUUCCCAUUUGCCGUGAGCUGCGUCUUGUUGGAAGUGCCGAAGGGUGCGGAUGCAGACACUGAGUGCAGCGACAGGGCUUUCUACGGAAGCAAGUCCUGCUAACCCGAGGCCAGAAGUGGCGUGCCCCUCAGGUCUAAAGCAGAUUUCGCUCGUGAGCUGCGUCAGCAGGGUCCACGUUGUAACCAAUGCAAUCUUGGCGUUGUUGUUGUCUGGGCUCGCGGGCAAUGGAUGCUCCUAGCCGCUUUGGUUCAGCGCGGGUCUAGCCGGGUGGCGCGUGGUGUUGAUGCACUGCUUGUCCAGCGCCCUCGCCAGCGUUGCCGCCAGCGGACAACCCUUGACAGACCGACUAGUUCCGCGUUUGCACAUAGCUCUGGGGCGGUGGGGCACUGCACAUAAGGGCGCCGUAAUCCGCGCCAGCACGCGAAGCAACAUGGUGCUUCGUUUGUGCGCCUAUCACAGGGACAGGCGACAACAGGAACGGUGUAAGACUUCACUUGC